CAAAGUUCCCUAAGCAAAACUUCAUCAUCUAUAUAAAGAGAACUCCUUAGAGACCAUAAUACAAACCAAACCAUAUAUCUUCUUGAGCCAAAGAAGAGAGAAAAAAAUGUUGAAGUCUCAUCUUCAACAAUCUACAAAAUCUCUAAUUCCAUGGAGUACUAAGCCAUUCAUUUUUUCAAGAGAAAUCUUAGUCUUUUUUCCUAUCAACAUUUUAAGUAAUAAAAAUCCUAGGAAAAAUCAGAAGAAGAAUAAUUUUAUUGUUCAUUAUAAUGCUGCAAAUAGCACUAAAGCUGUCCUAAGUUCCACAAAAAAAUCCAUGGGUGUUAAAGUAGUGGUGAAAGUUCAAAAGUCAGUUGGAGGAACUAAUUUGGGUUUAUCAAGAGGACUUGAUGAUUUGCUUGGUAAAUCACUCUUAUUGUGGAUUGUUGCUGCUGAACUUGAUCCUAAGACUGGAAUUGAUAAGCCAAGUAUUAGGAUAUUUGCAAAUCGUGGACGAGAUGUGGAUGGUGAGACACAAUAUGAAGCAAAUUUUGUAUUUCCUGAAGACUUUGGGGACGUUGGUGCAAUUUUAGUAGAAAAUGAGCACAAGGAAAUGUAUGUGAAGAAUAUAGUAAUUGAUGGAUCCCCUCGUGGCAAAAUUAAUAUUACUUGCAACUCUUGGGUCCAUACAAAAUUUGAGAAAAGGAUUUUCUUCACCAAUAAGGUUUGCAAAAUGCUAAGAACUCAUUGUGCUACAGAGCCAUAUAUUAUAGCAACAAAUAGACAACUUAGUGCAAUGCACCCAAUAUAUAGAUUAUUGCAUCCUCAUUUUAGACAUACAAUGAAGAUAAAUUCCUUAGCUAGAGAAGCACUUAUUAAUGCAAAUGGAAUUAUUGAGACUUCAUUUUCCCUUGGCAAGUAUGCAAUGGAAUUUAGUUCUGUUGCCUAUGAUCUUGAAUGGAGAUUUGACCAAGAGGCACUCCCACAAAACCUUAUUAGCAGGGGAUUGGCUGUGGAAGAUCCAAAUGAACCAUAUGGAUUAAAACUAACAAUACAAGAUUACCCUUUUGCAAAUGAUGGUUUAGUACUUUGGGACACACUUAAACAAUGGGUAACAAAUUAUGUCAACCAUUAUUAUCCACAAACAAAUCUUAUUGAAUCUGAUAAAGAAAUCCAAGCUUGGUGGUCAGAGAUAAAAAAUGUUGGCCAUGGUGACAAGAAAAAUGAGCCAUGGUGGCCAGAGUUAAAAACCCCAAAUGACUUAAUUGGUAUUAUAACUACAAUGAUUUGGGUAACUUCUGGCCACCAUGCAGCAGUUAACUUUGGCCAAUACAUUUAUGCAGGUUACUUUCCAAAUAGGCCAACAAUUGCUAGAACAAAAAUGCCAACUGAAGAUCCAACAAAUGAAGAAUGGGAAAGUUUCUUGAAUAAACCUGAGGAGGCACUACUAAAAUGCUUACCUUCACAACUUCAAGCAACAAAAUUAAUAGCAAUUAUGGAUGUUUUAUCUAACCAUGCUCCAGAUGAAGAAUAUAUUGGUGAAAUCAUUGAACCUUACUGGGCUGAAGAUCCUGUAAUUAACGCGGCGUUUGAAGUAUUUUCGGGGAAAUUGAAGGAAUUUGAAGGGAUUAUUGAUGCUAGAAAUGUUGAUAGUAAGUUGAUGAAUAGAAAUGGAGCUGGAGUUAUGCCUUAUGAAUUAUUAAAACCAUUUUCUGAACCUGGUGUCACUGGAAAAGGUGUACCAUAUAGUAUUUCCAUUUGAUUUUUGGUUUAAUGUGACCCAAAUGUAUUAGUUCCUAUAUAUUUGUAUUGAUGCGAACUUCUUCGUUGAUCCUAUAUCUGUUUAAACUUUGUGUCAAA